AUGCCAAUGUACUCAUCCCUAGUGUCUUCUCAACACAACCCUAGGUGCUCGAAUUCAACCGCAUCUAAAAGACCAGUUGGAAUUGUCACACCAGAAAACGAAGCCGAGAUUCGUGCAACUAUUCUUUGUAGCCGAGAACAAGGACUCCAAGUUAGAAUCCGAAGUGGUGGCCAUGACUAUGAAGGCCUUUCAUACCUUUGCAAAACACCAUUUAUCAUUAUUGACAUGAGAAACCUUCGUUCAAUUACCAUCGACAUUAAGCACGAAACUGCAUGGGUCCAAUCGGGGGCCACACUCGGGGAGCUUUACUACCACAUCGCAAAGAAAAGUCAAACUCACGGGUUCCCGGCGGGGAUAUGUCCAAGUGUCGGCGUUGGCGGCCACUUUAGCGGUGGAGGGUUCGGUGCCAUGGUGAGGAAAUACGGCCUAGCGGCCGAUCACAUCAUCGACGCUUACUUAAUAGACGCGAAAGGGCGGCUCGUUGAUCGGGAAACAAUGGGUGAAGAUCUUUUUUGGGCAAUUAGAGGUGGUGGAGGGGCGAGCUUUGGUGUUAUUGUCUCAUGGAAAAUCAAACUCGUUAGGGUUCCACCAAAGGUUACGGUGUUCAACGUUCACAGAAGCAUGGAUCGACAAAAUACCGAAAUCGUCCAUCGAUGGCAACACGUUGCGCAUAAGGUUCAAAAUGAACUUUUCAUUAGAGUAAUUAUACAAUAUAUACACGAUGAUAAGAAUACAUCCGUUCAAGCGUUGUUUAACUCGUUGUUCUUGGGAGAAGUCAAAGAUCUAAUCCCGUUAAUGGACAAAAGCUUCCCGGAACUAGGGUUAGAGCCAGAAGAUUGUACCGAAAUGAGUUGGAUAGAGUCGGUUCUCUACUUUGCAGGAUUCACGAGUGGGGAACCUUUGGAGGUGUUACUUGGAAAUGAAACUGACCCUUACGUAAGCUACUUCAAGGCAAAAUCCGAUUUUGUGACGAAAACUAUACCGAAACAUGUAUUUGAAAGAAUACGGAAAAAGUUCCUUCAACAAAAACUUGUGUUCUUGAUAAUGGAUCCGUAUGGUGGACGGAUGAGUGAGAUCCCAGAAUCUCGUAUUCCAUUCCCACAUAGAGAAGGGAAUUUGUACAACAUACAAUAUUUGGUGAAAUGGGAAGUGAAUGGUGUUUGGGCAUCAAAGGAGCAUAUACAUUGGCUUAGGGCGUUGUAUAGGUACAUGGAACCUUAUGUCUCGAAACACCCGAGAAGUGCGUACCUUAAUUAUCGAGAUCUUGACCUUGGAACAAACCUGCAUGCAAACACGACUUACUCUGAAGCUCGUAAAUGGGGUGAGAAAUACUUUAAGGGAAAUUUUAAAAGGUUGGCUCAAGUUAAGAGGAGUGUAGACCCAUAUAACUUUUUUAGAAAUGAACAAAGUAUUCCACUUUAUUAA